CUUUGUUACAAACGAAAUAUAUAAGAGAAAGCGAGACCCGACAGAAGCAAUCAGUACUUUAAGAACGGAAAAAUGAAUAGUAUUCUAAUAUUUUCAUUCGUUGCCGUUUUGGUGAUACUAAGCGUUGAAGCUCAGGAACAAUGCGGCAGGGUCAAGUGUUCCACAACUCAUUGCUGCAUAAGAGGGAGAAGUUGCCAGCCAUUGCGAACACUGGGACAAAUUUGUGGCAUACGUGACCGUGAACCAACCAGAGUUUGUCCUUGCCGCCCUGGACUCGAAUGCACUGGAAGCAUCAUCAAAAGAUGCACCACCGCUGUGGCCUCCUCCACACAGCCAUCAAGUUCGACAGACAGCGGUGAUGACGGAUCGGGAAGCUUUUAAAGAAUAAGAUACAUCCCAACAGGCCUGAUACAUUUGAUGAAGGAGCCUUAAUAGAAUGUAUAACAUAAUGUUGCCUUUUUCUUGGAAAGAACUACUUUUAACUUGAGAUGUCAACAGGAACACUAACGGCAAAUAUGUAAUGUGUAUAUAGAUGUAAUUUUUUUUCAAAAAUAAACGAUAUUGCAUGAAAGUGAAUUGCAUUGUA